AUGCACUUCCAGUCACGUGUAUCCACAACGACCGUCCAUGAACUUCUCUUCGCCGACGACUGCGCCCUCAACGCUACCUCGGAAGGGGACAUGCAUAGAGGCAUCGAUGCCUUCGCCACCUCCUGCGACAACCUCGGCCUGAUCAUUAACACUGAGGAGACGGUGAUUAUGCAUCAACUGCCGCCCGACGCUCCCUACGUCAUACCACAAAUCAACGUGAACGGCGCACAACUGCGAGUCGUGGACAACUUCACCUACCUGGGCAGAACAAUAAAUCGACGAUGA